UAACAUGUAGUUACCCCUCCAGUCCACUAGGGUGCGGUCAUGCUCAUCUAAGCUGGCAGCCAACCCCCGCUACAAGUCCAGGGAGGAACAUUUCCACGGACACUUGUUUUGAACGACACAAGCUGCUCUUACACAAGCUUCGGCGCAAGGAAAGAGAGAAUUAACUUUUGAGGAUUCCGUCAUGGAUCCCCCGCGGCCGGGCAAAAAGCCCAACUUUAAUCGAGAGCCGAAGCGCAACCAGAAUCAGUUGCGCUCUCCCCGUCAAAAAGACGCCUACGCUCGGCUUCUUAACCAGCACCGCACUGGCAAGUUCAGUGCGUUUUUAGAGGAGUUUGGAAAGGACUCUGUGCUCAAAAAGGAGGGAAACGCGGAGCUCGAAGCUCAGAGUGACAGUGUGACCGUACCGCCACAAAAAGUGGUCCACGUACCUCGCGAUUUCUCCGAUUCCUGUGACUUCUCGCCUCCCAUCGUGACAGCCAAAGAGUCCUUGUCUAUAUACAUGAAGAAACUGAGCGCUAGUGGCGCUCAGGAGGUUGAAAGGAGACAAGGUGUCCCUGACGUGCAGCGGCGUGGACAGAGAAGGGACACGGCCACCAGCCAGGAUGCAGACGUUGAGUCUGGGGAGGAGCUCGGCUCUGUAAAACCCUCCCACUCCAAAAAGCACCAGAAGCAGCAAAAGAAAAACAAAGAGUCGAACAGAGAUGCUGCACCGAAGGAGGUUCAGGCCGCCGGUGCCAAAAUGCCAUCUCCUAAAAAAGACUUUGCUGGUGUGCAGGACAUGGGGAAGAAGAACAAGAAAAAAAUGCAGCAGAAGGAGCCCGACCAGGAGAGAAACCGAGAGGGAACUCCCAAAUCUGGAGCUGAACCUCAGGCAGUCGAGAUGAAAAACAAAAACCAGCAGAAUCCCAGAGCUGACAAGUGUAAGAACAAAGGACGAGGAGGAUCAAAGAAGCAAAUCUUUGAACCCUACAUGACGUUGGAGGACGUUUCCCACGGUCUCAAACGAGGAGAACUCACUCAGGGUCAGUUAAGAAUCAACCCCAAGAAGUUCCAUGAAGCUUUCAUCCCAUCUCCUGAUGGUAUGUGGGAUAUUUUUCUGGAUGGAGUUGAAGCCCGUAACAGAGCCCUGAACGGAGACAUAGUGGCGGUGCAACUUCUGCCUCAAGAGCAGUGGAAGGUGGUAAAAUCGGAUACAGACUGUGAUGGAGCGAGUGGGUCAGAAACCUUAGCGGAAACGGCUCGGAUCAAGAACCGGAUCCCCGAGCCCCACACGGAUGGCGAGCGUAAUGAGCUUGUCGACACAUGUCAAAACAUGGCUCUCACUGACACAGUGAAAGCUGGAAAACCUCUGGAAGGUUCAACACCACCGACCAAUGAAAAAACACUUCAGAAGACGGCUAAAGUGGUUUACAUUGUUGAGAAGAAACACUCCCGAGCUGUGACCGGCCAUCUCAAGUUCUUACCGGACAAAACCUUUGCCUUGUUCUCUCCUGUGGACCAUCGAGUGCCUCGCAUCAACGUCCCUCUUUCAGACUGUCCUGAAGACUUAAAAAUCCGUCCCGAGGUCUACGCCAACACCCUGUUCAUCUGUCGGAUCACUGACUGGACAGCCGACAACACCUUUGCACAAGGGCGACUCGCUAAGACACUUGGUCAAGCAGGAGAAAUCGAGCCAGAGACUGAGGGCAUCCUGACCGAGCACGGCGUGGAUUUCUCUGACUUCUCAGGGGAGGUGUUGGAAUGCCUUCCGAGUGGCAAAUCAUGGAGCAUCCCGCCUGAGGAGCUGGAGAAGAGGAGAGACUUGAGGAAGGAAUGUAUCUUCACGAUUGACCCUCCGACUGCCAGAGAUCUGGAUGAUGCUCUGUCCUGUAAACAGCUCCCAGAUGGUAAUUUUGAGGUAGGAGUGCACAUAGCAGAUGUGAGCUAUUUUGUGAAAGAAAACACCGCUUUGGAUGAAACUGCAAGCCAAAGAGCAACCAGUGUGUACAUGGUUCAGCGGGUGAUUCCAAUGCUUCCUCCAGUGCUGUGUGUGGAGCUGUGCAGUCUGAACCCUCUGGUCGACAGACUCACCUUCUCUGUGAUCUGGAAACUCACACCUGAGGGAGAGGUUCUCAGUGAGUGGUUUGGCCGCUCAGUCAUUCGUUCUUGCGUGAAACUGAGCUACAACCACGCUCAGAGUCUGAUUGAGGCUCCCGACAAGCUGUUCUCUCAAGAGGAGCUUCCGGAGGACAGGGACCCUGAACAUCCCAUCGACGAGAUUCACCAAGCCGUCCUCAACCUGCACUCCAUCGCCAAGCACCUCCGACACAAGCGCUUCUCGGAGGAAGCCUUAAGACUGGAACAGAUGAAGCUUUCUUUCACCCUCGACAAAGAUACCACUAUGCCAAAUGGCUGUUACGUUUACGAGUACAAAGACAGCAACAAGCUGGUGGAGGAGUUCAUGUUGUUGGCUAACAUUUCCACAGCCCAACACAUUUAUCGCAAAUUCCCCCACUUGGCCCUCCUCCGGCGUCACCCUCCUCCCAAAGUUAAAAUGAUGCAAGAACUUAAGGAGAUGUGCAGCCAGCUGGGGAUCAACAUCGACGUGACCACUUCUGGAGGCUUACAGAAGAGUCUCAACAUGCUCUCUGAGGAUGAGUACUCUGGUGCCCGAAAAGAAGUCCUGACACACCUGCUCUCCAGACCAAUGCAGAUGGCGCUUUACUUCUGUUCUGGUGUAUUGAAGAAUGAGCAACUUUUCAAACACUUUGCUCUAAACAUUCCUCUCUACACACACUUCACCUCCCCUAUCAGACGCUAUGCUGAUAUUAUAGUGCACCGGUUGCUGGCGGCUUCACUCAAGUGCGGGCCACCUUUAGAGAUGUCAGCAGAAGAAAUGGAAAAGCAGGCGAUGCACUGCAACAACAAGAAGAUGAUGGCUAAGAGAGCCGGGGAGCUCAGCACUGACCUCUUCUUUGGAGUGUUUGUGAAGACUUGUGGCCCACUGAACUCUACAGCCAUAGUGAUGAAGGUGCUGGACCAGUCCUUCGAUGUGCUCGUCAUCAAGUAUGCCGUUCAGAAACGCAUCUACUGCAAGUUCAUUGAAGGCCUAAAGUCAUUCAGAUUUCAUCAGGUGGAGAAGAAGGCUGAACUCACUCUGGUUUGGUUACCAGAAGACCCUGAGGGUUCCCCUUUUGAACAGGUCAUUUCCAUCUUCUCAGUGCUGGAGGUGCAGCUGGUAUCCGAGAGUUCUCUGAAAUACACUGCUCUGCUCAGGAGACCUCAGAGCAGCGCGGCCUAAAAAGCUCUCGCUUCAAACUUUAGAAAAACUAAAAGAAAUUUCACCCCGAGUGACACAAAUUGUGUGAAGUUUUAUUCCUAAUUAUUAUUUUUGACCUGAUGAGGUCAUCUUUACGUGGACAUGGUGACAGACUAAAAUUAGAAAAAGUGUUUGAACCUCUUUUUAGUUUAAGUCCAAAGCUCCUGAUACCAAAUUGAAAAAAAAAUGUUAUCUAAAAAAAUGACAGUACUGUGAAUUAGUUACAUUUCUGUCAUUUCAUGGAAGUGUUUUCACCCAUAAUUCAAAGGGAUAUGCAAUUCUCAAUUUCAAUUUGUAAUUUGAUCUUGCAAUUUAAAAAGGUUUUUUUGCAAUUCCUUAGAGCUGCAACAAAUACAUAGUCUUAAACAUAGAAGAUAAUUUUAUGAGCUGAUAGCUCUCUGUUCAAUCCUCAGAUUCCAGUGGUUGGUUGAGUUUUCUUUAACAUUUUUAUUUGUCACCAAAAAGGACAUUUUUGCCAAUGGACCCUGCUAUGAUGAAUUUGACAGUUUGUAUUCUCAGUUUGAAUAAGCUUUUGGGGUUCCCCAAAUUGUCCUUUUUUUGACGUGCUGGCUUUUCUUUUUAAAAUCAUAGUUACCGGGCCAUCGAGACGCUGAACCAGUACCAGUUUAGGGUAACCAAUCUGGUCUCGACCCAGCACCAUAUCCCAAGGGUUAGGGACCCCUGAUUUGAUUUAAUGGGAGGAGCCAGCACGUCAAAAAACAAGUUGGGGAAACCCAAAACAUCAAAGUGCGUAGAGAAAGGGCCUUAACAACAGAUCCAUAUAUGGUGAGAUGAGAGUGAAAAUGCACUGGAAUCAUAGACCAUAUAAAGAUGGACUGCUAAACCCUUCCCCUCUCGUGUUCCAAGUUGGAAGAACCUGCUGGUUGCAAGAAGGCCAAAGUCCCAAAGACUUCCAUUUAUAAAUAGACAGUUAUUUCUCAGUUAAUUUAUUUGUCAGGAUAACCAUUCUUGCUCUGACUCAUUCUUAGCACGUUUUUUCAAAUCCUAAUUUUUUUUAAUGAUAUUUUCCUUUAUUGUAAGUUAUUCAAGUUUUAAACUGACCAAUCAGAUGCCUCAGUAAAAGUAUGUGGCUCCUGUUGGCCCCCACCUCGAACGUUUGAUUGGCAGAUUCCCCUGAGCUGCUUUCGACGACUAAUCGCCGUCGAAGGGCUGCAAUCGUUUGCAACAUGGUAGUAGACGUAUCAGGAAGUGACGAUGAAGGCCCCAUAGGAUGAUGUCAACACCUUAUUAUGUCCAGUUCAUAUUAGUGGUCAAUGGUUGGAAUAAGCGAUGCCAUGCAAAUGAAAAUGCAUUACACCAGGGGGCGCUGUUUUGCAAUUUCUUUUAACACAAACUCCUGGACAAAUUAAAAUGCAAAAUAUGUUUUGAGUUCCUUUUAAAAUGAGCUAAAAACAAACGAGGAAUAAAAAUGUCCUUUUUAAAACUGAAUUGUAAAUUGCUUUUUUUUUAUUGUGGUACAGAAAAUCCAUGACAAAAUGCCAUUAAAAUGCCCUUUAAAAUUGUAUUUUUUACAUUUUUAGAUUGAAUUGCAGUUUUUCAUAUUGAAAAUAUUUUUCAUUUUCAAAUUGCAAGAUCAAAUUGUAAAUUACAUUAUCAUUUGACAAUUGCUUAACACUUUGAAUUAUGGGUUUAAAUAAACUCCCAUAUCAUUUGUCUAAUUUGUGUUUCCAUUUGUUGUGACUACAAGCUGUUGUAAUAUCACAACAUUAGCUAAUAAAAUGAUAGGAUAUUUGUAGAUUAUUAAUCAUAAAGAUAGUCUGAGUAGUAUAAGCCAAUGUACUUACAUGUUUCUCGAAAGCUUUAUUUUAACAUACUUGAAUUUACUUUCGACUUUAGAGCACAAGUGAACUAAAGUGAUCAGUGUCUUUCUUUGACGGCUUUGCAUUUGCUCACUGGAUUUAAAAUAUUUCUCUUAUGUCCUGUCCAUGUUUACAUAGUACAACUUGUGAUUUCCUCUUGUGAAAUGUUCAGUAUUAAAGCUGCUGUUGUGACGUGUACCUCACGGGACCGUAUUUUCUUGAUUUACGCUCAAAACGAGGCUCGUGCACUUAGAUUUAAUUAGUGAAUUGAGGGAAAAUGACUUGACUGGUACUUUAAAGUCAAUGGCCUUUUUUCAAAAGAAUGUGGAUUUUAGUUUUUUCUCUGCUGCUUUUUUUUAACAUGCUUUGUGUGGAACUGUUAAUUAUAUUUAUAACUUGACUUUUUUGUCAUAUUUGAAUCAGAAAAUUAUUUUCUCGACUUUCUUUGCCCGUUUCUAUCAGCAAAUCAGAUCUUAGUAAAUUGUCACAGUUUUGUGCAUAUAAACUGCCAACUUUGUAUCUUUUUAAUUAACUUUUUAAUUUUUUGUUUUGAGGUUAUCAUACUUUAAAGAAAAAGCUUGCCGCUUACAGUUCUCCUCAUGACUUAACAUGAAGAAUGUGUUAAAUGUAAUCAUCCUUUAAUAAAAACGCACAAAAUCAG